CUAAUUGAUUUUACUAAUCUUAAAAAAGAAGCGUCGAAGUAAAUAGUAAGAAAUAAGAAUCUCUGCCUCUGUUUUAUAUAUAAGGACACCCAAGACAGAGCCUCCUAUACAUCAUCUUGAACUCAAAAAACAGAAAUUGAAACCAUGGAUUCUAUCAACUCCUUCAAGGGCUAUGGUAAAGUAGAUGAGCCCGAAGAACAAGCCUUCAAGCGAAAGACACGUAAGCGUCUCAUAAUUCUCAUUGUCGCCUCUGUCGUUCUUGUUGCUGUUAUCAUUGGUGCUGUUGUAGGAACUGUAUUACACAAAAGAAACAAUGAAUCAUCAACAGACUCUGUCGCGCCAACUGAGUUGACUCCGGCUGCUUCACUCAAAGCUGUUUGCAGAGUAACCCAGUACCCAGCUUCUUGUUUCUCUAGCAUCUCUGCUCUUGAAACUGCUAAUACCACUGACCCUGAAAUUCUUUUUAAGCUUUCUUUACGUGUCGCUAUGAAUGAGCUCUCUAGGCUUAAAGAUUAUCCUUCUAAGCUUAUUCAAACUGCUAAUGAUGCUACGCUUAAAGCUGCUUUGAGUGUUUGUGAUUCCGUUUUUGAUGAUGCUGUAGAUCGGUUAAAUGACUCUGUUUCUUCAAUGGCUGUCGGGGAUGGUGAAAAGAUUUUAUCCACUGCUAAAAUCAAUGACAUGAAAACUUGGCUCAGUGCUGUCAUUACUGACCAAGAAACAUGUUUAGAUGCUUUGCAAGAAUUGAACAGUACAAAGCAUUUUAAUAGUACGCUUCUUGAAGAUGUAAGGAAAACAAUGGUGAAUUCAACUGAGUUUGCAAGUAAUAGUUUAGCAAUUGUUGCCAAAAUUUUGGGUUUGUUAUCAGAUAUCAACAUCCCAAUUCAUCGAAAGUUGUUGGGUUCUGAAAGAUCCAAUUCAGGGUUUCCAGGUUGGGUUAGUUUGGGAGAUAGGAGGCUACUCCAAGAAUCAAAGCCUACCCCUAAUGUUACGGUGGCUAAGGACGGCAGUGGGGAUUACACUACCAUCGGAGCAGCGGUGGGAGCAAUUCCAAAGAAGAGUUUAUCAAGAUUCAUUAUUUAUGUCAAGGAAGGUACUUAUGUGGAAAAUAUUCUAUUGGAUAAACAUAAGUGGAAUGUGAUGAUUUAUGGAGAUGGGAAAGACAAGACUAUAAUUUCUGGUAGCAAGAAUUUUGUGGACGGAACUCCUACCUUCUCUACAGCCACUUUUGCUGUCACGGGCAAGGGUUUCAUGGCGAGAGACAUAAAGUUCAUCAACACAGCAGGGGCAGCAAAGCACCAAGCAGUGGCCUUCAGGUCUGGUUCAGACAUGUCUGUUUAUUACCAAUGUGCAUUCGAUGCAUAUCAGGACACACUCUAUGCUCACUCCAAUCGACAAUUCUACCGUGAGUGUGACGUUACUGGCACUAUUGACUUCAUUUUUGGCAACGCUGCGGUUGUUUUCCAGAAAUGCAAUAUCCAGCCCAGGCAGCCCUUACCAAACCAAUUCAACACCAUAACAGCUCAGGGCAAGAAAGACCCUAACCAAAACACAGGCAUUUCAGUUCAGAACUGCAAGAUUUAUGCUUUUGGUGCCACUCUUACAGCCACUACAUAUCUUGGUAGGCCCUGGAAAAAUUUUUCAACUACAGUUAUUAUGCAGACUGAUAUUGACAGACUGGUAAGUCCAGCGGGCUGGAUGCCAUGGGUCAGCGGCGUUGACCCGCCCAGUACGAUAUUUUAUGGAGAGUACAUGAACACAGGGUCUGGAGCCAAUGUGGAGAAAAGAGUUACAUGGGCUGGGUAUAAGCCUAGUCUUACAGAAGAUGAGGCAAGCAGAUUUACGGUAGGAUCAUUUAUCCAAGGACCUGAGUGGCUGCCAGCAACUGUGACAUUUGAUUCCACUUUAUGAUCAGAAAUUGCAUCAAAUGCUAUAUUGAGUGAAGAUUGGGAAGCUAUAGAAUUGCUUACGAUUUUCUAUAACUAGAAGAGGAUGUUUUUUCCGACGUUUUUCUCUUUGAUUAUAGGCAUUAGAAGAUGAAUUUGUUUCUAGUGUUCACACAAUUUUUUUAUCCUUUUCUUUCUUUUACUACUGGUAUAUGUGUUGCAUAAUUUUUAUGUGGCCUCCUCUCACUUCUUUAGAAACCAUCACAAAUUUGUACGGUGAAGAUAAAUAAUGAUCAGAAAAACCUGCAGCUAAUCUGUUUGUUAUUCUUUCUCUUCA